GUAAAUACAAUAAUUUCAUAGCCUUACCCAAAACUUUGCAUUUUUAAGAGAGAGAAAAAAAAAAAAUAUUUACUCGUAUAUCAAAAAAAUGUCGACCGAGCCGAUUGUUGGAGGUAUCAAGCAGACUGAGGGAUCAGAGAACAGUUUGGAAAUCGAAACCCUUGCUAAAUUUGCUGUUGAUGAACACAACAAAAAAGAAAAUGCUUUGCUCGAAUUUCAGAGGGUCAUAAACACUAAGGAACAGGUUGUUGCUGGUACUCUGUACUAUAUUACUCUUGAGGCAACUGAUAAUGACAAAAAGAAGGUUUAUGAAGCAAAAGUGUGGGUUAAGCCAUGGUUGAACUUCAAGGAACUGCAGGAUUUUAAGUAUGUGGGCGAUGCUGAUGCCCCAGCAGAGGUUUCCAGCAGCUAGAUUGCCUAGUUUUCCUCUUACAGGUCUCUGAUGAAUGUACUCGGUUGCUUUUGGGAAUAUUGCGCCUGCUAAUACCUGUUUGAGUGAAUGAUAUCUAUACAAUCACUCUUUCUAAAUAAGCUGUAACGUUGCACCCUUUUAAUUCAAUGAUGAUUCAUGGAUUGAAUAUUGUUCUGAACUCUGUUCCAUUUGUCAAUCUAUAUUAUUAUGGUACCAAAUAUUGUGUAUU